AAUGUGCUAUUAAAAUAAUUCAUUUAUAAUUAUAAUUCUCCAUUACUCUAACGUUGUUUUAUUUGAAUAAUGAUUAAUUAUUUUUACGAGUUUGUUACUUUGCGAAUAUAAAUAAAUAAAUAAUAUAGGAUAUUCUUACUAAGUCCUACAGUAAGUUUGCGUUGCGAGUACUCGCAUAAUAACACAUAGAAAACAACCAUGACUCGGGAACAAAUAUAUGUGUUCAUCACACAAACCCUUACUGAGAUUCGACCCAGAAGCCCCUGGCUUAGUAGCUAGUCACUAACCAGUAGGUCAGAUAAGUCGUCAAAAUUAUAUAAGCAACAUUACAAUAUACAUUUAUUCACACUUACAUUGUAUGAUGAUGAUGUCCUUGUAGCUUCAGUAGAGAGAACAGUGGGUUUUCCUUGCUUCCUGUGUAGCGGAAUGAAUCAAGAGGAUCGAUCUGAGGAGCUUAAGUAGUGAAAAUUCACGUGGAGCUAACGCAAUACCUAUAUGAAAUUUGUCAACGUGAUUGAAAAACGCAACUCAGCACUUAGUCGGUGGAAACAAUCAUCGAUUGCAAAUCCCACAACGCAGCAAAAUCAGAUCACCGUGUAUAAUAUAAAACAAAUACGUGAAGGUACUUACCAUAUAUUUUUUUUAUUCAUUAAAUUCAUUUUAUGGUUUUAAUCUUAGAAAAACAGACAAUGUCGCGAUCGGAGCUAGUAUAUUUUAUUUGCUUUAGUGCAUUAUUGCUAACAUCGUAAAUCCAAUCGUAUCUCAAUACAAUGUGAUGUCAUUUUUUUUAAACGUUUGAUUUUGAACUCUAAUAACACAAUAAUUUCAGAUAUAAACCCCCGAAAAUAAGUGAAAAUAUUAUUUACUCUUAUAUAUUCAACGCGAUUAGUUCUACGGAAAAUAUGUCGGAUACAUCAGAACACCUAUUCAACUUCGUUCCUUUGGCAUCAUCCCAAACUCAAAGUCAGAGUGAACGGGAGUCAGGGGUGAGACGUCUGUCCUUGGGGGUCAAGAGGAAGGCAACACCCGUUUACUCGUUUAUCAAAAAACCACAUCGGAAUGGAGGUACAAAAGUCAUCAAAAUAGAAAUUUACGACAGUAACAAAUUGAAUGAGAACUUUGAACAUAUAUGUAAAUGUAAUGCCGAGCUGUGUGCCCAAUAUGUAGUGAAAAAUACGUUAUUAGACCAAGUUUACGAAUUAACGCGUAGAGUAAUUGACAAGAUAGACGAAGGUUUGUCCUCAGAUACGCCACAUGGGUACACCAUCGAAUAAGGGUACAAUUUAAUGUGAUUGUGUAAUAUGAACAUAGUUCUUAAGUUAAUAAACAUUAUAAAAGUA